CGUCAAAGCGAACGCAACGGCCAUAGCGAGAAAAUAUUACGCAUACGCCACAAGUGCCGCCGAUAAAAGCGUAAAAUUCGCUUAACGCUGUUAAGUUUCUGUUUUUGCGGCAAACGAGCUCCUGCUGUCGUCGUCGUUCUGGGCACGCACCAGACGCAGCACACCAAUGAGGCAAUGAGCAGCCAAAGACCACAACAAACCCAAGCAGCAACUGAAGCAACAACAACAACAGCAACAACAUGCACUCUUCUAUGCAAGGCCUGGCCGCUUGGUUAAGUGCCACGUAGCUUGCCACAAGCAGGCCAAACAGCCACAGAGCCAGCUUAGCUCCGCAGUCAAGAGUUAUAACCACAGAGCGCGUCGGAGCGACAGUACGAGAGAUAGCGAUAGCGAUAGCGAGAGAGAUAGAGACAGCGACAGCUUAGGGCGAGCACGUCAUGUUGCGAGAUAUAUUUCUAUAUUUAGUUCUAAUCGUUUUAUUUUGCUUUAUUUUCAUGGCGCAGUUAAUCGUCAACGUUUACGCAUUCCAACGUCAGCCAAGCGCCGCUCAGCGUGCCGAACGCAAUGAAAUUAUAUUUGUCUAGAGUCGUCGCCCCCUCAGCCUCCCCCUCAGCACUCGCACUCACACUCACACUCGAGACGCCUUUGCACAAGUCAAGCAUCAAGCAUGGGCUGUCAUUUAAUGAGCGCGCAAGUCUUAAAGCUGAAAAUCAAAGCUUGCACACAGCCAGACCGCGACUCUAGGGAGUGAGCUGCUGCUGCUGCUGUUGGCGAGAUAAAUAAGUAGCGCUAAGAACUGAAGAAGAACUGAUAAAAACUAGGUUGCUCGCUAAUUAGUAACGGUAGUCUUGGGAGUGCUGUCACGAAUGCACAAUACACUUGUGCACAAUGAAACUUUUCGCCAAACAAUAAACCCAGAGCCCAGCCACACGGUUAAGCCACGUCGAACACAAACA